AUGUCUACCGUCCGCUACUUCGACUCCGUCCCCCACAUUGUGCGGUAUGGCAGGCACGAUGACAAGAAGGGAACGUCGUGGACGCUCUUCUACCGGCACGGCGUGUGCUUCAGGAUCAGCGUCUCGCUCGAAGAUGUCUCCGGGACGAUCUUUUCGGAGACGUGGCUCGCGCUGAUCAAGAAGACGGACAUGCACGAUUGGGUGAAGCGGUGGGAAUCGUUGUGCGAUUGUGUCAUCACGCCCUGCUUGCCCUUGCUUGACACCUUGGCUCCCAGCUCGCAUCAAUGGGUGACCCUGGACGACUACCUGCACACGCCGACGUAUGACUUGAAGCUGGUCAGGGAUGAGAAGGAAACCGCGGAUGUCGUGCCGAAAAUCACCGAGGGACCCGUGGAUCGCCCCUCGUACGAACACAAUCUGAUGAAGUUCUCAGAAAUCAGCUUACUCCCGGAGGACAUCCCCCAAUAUCCAGCAGAAGACCUCGUUGUGCUGGGCAAAGAAAAGAACUGGCGCCGUCCGCCGCACAAGGUUCGCGCGCCGAGCGGUGAGGUAUUUUUCUUCAGGCCCUGCAAUAAGCCGGCGAGGCACGUCCCUACCGGAGAGAUCACCAACAAGUCCCUCGACAUCAUCAACGCUUAUUCCCGGUUGCAUUCGCGGUCGACCGAGAUCUCGUCCUUGGGUGCAGCUGAAGGAGUCAAUAUCCCAAGACUGCAGGGAAUUGUCGUCAGUCACGCAUAUACAGAACCAGAACCAGAACCAGAACCAGAGGAAAGCGCUGCACCUCCACCGUCGGACGAAGGACAAGCCAAGUUAGAAACAAACGAGCCACUCUGUGCGGGUAUACUCUUGAACUAUGUGUCCCGUGCGAAGACUCUGGCAGAGUGGAUGAAGGUUUUCACCACAUCCGACCUCUCGAAAUAUAAAGAAAAGUGGAAAGGGCAGAUCGCCGCAGCGAUCAGACACCUCCAUGACCACCGCAUCACCGUCGGAGGCCGCUCUGGUCCCAAUGCGUGGUAUUUGAUCAAUCAACAUAGCGUACGCAUUGCGAACGUUGGUGGGGACGACAAGUCCGAGAGAGUCCCCGCAGAUAUUGAAGGUGCAGACAAGGACGACAAAGGCCCCGGAGCAGGAGACCUUGAAGGCGCAGACGCGUGGUUGACGUUUGAAGGCGGUUGCACAGUACACCCGUUGAUGGAGCAGGAAGGGGAAGCUGAGGAGGAGAAGUUCAAGGAACAGAAAGCCAUGGACUGGGCAGCUCUAGAAAAGGUGUUUCAAUUCUGA